AAUAAAGAUGUUCAUAAUUUACUCAAAGUUUACAAUCAUAUUAUGAUAUAUAUUUCAGUUAUAUUAUUAAAAAUAUACCUGAAUAAUUUAGAUUAAAAGAAAUUUAACUCAGGAUAAAGGCUUGGUUAUUGAUAGUAACAAUUAUAUCAUUUUUAAUAAUUCUAUGAUAUCAAGGAAUAUGAGAUUGAAUUGGAGGUUAGAUCAUAAUUAUAUCACUUAAAAAAUAAAUAGGGAACCACAUAUAAAUCUCCAUAAAAAUUGCCAUUUUAUUCAAACAUUGUAUUGCUUGGAACCGAUUCUGUUUUACUCAAUUAAAAGGAUUCUCUUGAAGUCUGCACACACUUUAAUAAAGAAUAUGAGAUAAAUGUAAAUAGAAGAUAGAAAUACAAGUUACCUUAGAUCGAUAUGGGAUAAAAGUUGAAAAGCCAACAGAGCCUCCAC